AUGGCUUCCGAAGAGCGACAGCAGGGCCUGAACGUCGCCCAGUGGAAUACUGUGCAAACAUCCGACUUUUCCAACGUCAACUACUAUGGAGCUCCAGAGUACGAGGCCGAGGAAGAGGAACAAGAUCUAGACGUCGAGGACCUAGAGUACACAACAGACGCUCCUUUGGAAGAGCACGACACUGAAGGCGUGCCUCCAAGUGUCGAUGCCACAGCCGCAGCGGACAUUCCCGCAGAUGACAAGACUCCCCGAUCCUCCAAGAAGAAGAAGGGCAAGUCCAAGUCCGCAUCUCCCGCCAAGGAGGUAAAACCUGCUGAGGAGCCGCCUGCGCCCAAGUCCCCGCCCAAGUCCCCGAAAUCCAAAAAGGACAAGAAAAAGGACAAGAAGAAGGAGAAGAAGAGCAAGGACAAGGCCGCCACCGCCGUCGAGACAAAGGCACUCGCAGAGGAGCCUACGUCAGCUGAUGGUACUCCCGAGGCCGCUGCCACGGAAGCUGCUGCCGAUGCCGCGACUACAACGAAUGCCGUUGACCCAGAGACUGUUACGACCGAGAAUGCCACUGAGCAAGAUACCCCUAAUGAACCUGUUACGACUACGACCCAGAAUGAAACGACUAAUGCCGAACCUAAUGACUUGGAAAACAAUGACAAAAACAACCAAAAAGACGAACCAGAAGAAUCCAAGACAACUGCCGCCGUCGAGGAAGCCGCUGCUAUAUCGGCGGCUGAAGACGCUACGGCCAAGGACGUCGUCGCCUCCGAGACCAAGGAGGACGACGCCAAGCCUUCAGAGACCGAACCUGCCGAGGAUGAGGUUACGAAUAACGAUGAUGUGAAUAAUGAUGAUGACGAUGCCAAGACGGCUGUCGCAGAGGCUGCUCCUACGGCUCCCGUCGAGGAGAGCAAGGACGAGGUCGCUGCGCCGGCUACGGAGGACGUUGCGGCCGCUGCCGAGGAGCCACAGCCAGAAGCUACCAAGGCCGCCGAAGACACUGCUGCUCAAGAACAAGAAGAGGAGAAGAAGAUCGACGGGCCGGAAACUGUUGCUGCUGUGGCUAACCCGACGGAGGAUGCAGUGCCCGCUAAUGAGUCCAAGGACGGCGAGGAGGACAAGAAGGAGCAGCAGCCAGAAGAGGCCGUCGCUGAGUCGGCACAAGAGGAAAAGACUGCCGAAGUUGAGGCACCCGCUGCUGAGGAGCCAUCUAAAGCAGGAGAGGCCCCGAUUGAAGCUGUCGCUGCCGCCAACGAAGAGCCCACUGUUGCUGUUGCUGCCGAGCCCGCGUCUGAACCAGCUGCCGAUGCCGCUCCCAUCAAGGAAGAGGUAGAUACGACCAAGGAGGACGACGAUGUUGCUGCUGCGCCCGCUGCCGAGAAGGAGGCGAGCAAAGAUGUCGUCGAGGAGACGCCUGCGGAAGAACCGACUGCUACUGUGGUUGCGGAGCCUGCUGCUGACUCUGCCCCCAAGGACGAGAAGGCUGCUGAGCCCGAAACUGCGGCUGCGCCCGAGGUUGUCGAGAAGGUGGAAGAAAAGUCUGUUGCCGCUGCGCCUCUUGCCGCUGAGGAGGAGAAGAAGGCGAAUGCUCCGGAAGAGGCUGACGCUGCUGAAGCAACACCAGAUGUGGAGGCCGCUGCAGCUGCUGAGACGGAGGCGCCGGCUGCUGAAGAGGCCGCUGUCGUUGAGAGCAAGGCUGAGGAGACUCCUGCAGCUGCCGAAGAAGCUGUCGAGGCUGUCGCCCCUCUGGCAACUGAGACUGCUGAUGCUGCAGAGAAGAGCGAGCAUACUGCUGCUUCCGAGGAGGCUGUGGAGGAGAAAGCUCCCGAGGCUGCUCCUCCUGUUCAAGCUGCUGUGGCUGCCGAAGAGACCAAGACCGAAGAGCCAGCCGCUCCUCAGGAGCCUGUUGGCGCUGUCGAAGCCACCACUGAGCCCGAGGCCGUCGCUACUCCUGCCGCCGCUGAGCCCGAGGCUGAGGCUUCUGCAGCCAAGGCCGCUGAUCCCGAAGCUGACAAGGAGGAAGAAGUUGCUGCCCUGACGGAGCCUGAGCACAAGAUUGCAGAUGUCCCUGAGGAAACCGCAGAUGUUUCAGAGGUUGUCGAGAAAUCGGCCGAGGUUCAAGAGCCUGUCACUCCCGAGACUGCGGCGACCGAGACCGAGACUGCUGCUGCGCCGGCCGAAGAGGAGGCUGCAGAGGAGAGUGAGGCUCCCAAGGACUACAUCCCAGCGACUGCGGCCGAGAGUGCUCCUGUUGAUGCUACCUCUGCGGAAGCUGAAGAGAAGGUACCUGCCGAGAAGGAGGCUCCUGUUGAAGUACCCGCUGUUGUGGCUGAAGAAGCUGUGCCCGUCGCCGCUGAAGAGACCAGGCAAGAUACUCCUGCUGAUGCUGAACCGGUGGUCGCUGCUGAUGUAGCCUCAACUGAGGCACCUGCUUCUGCUGCUGAACCCGAGACGGCCAAGGAGGAGGCCGGAGCUGUGGCGGAGGAGGCUGCUCCCACUCUGGAGACCCCGGAGGGCCCUGUCACCGAAGCCAUUGCUGAGCCUGCCAAGGAUGUCGAAGAGACCCAUGUUGAGACAACCGAUGAGGCCAAGAUGGAGGAAUCUGUCGCUGCUGCCGAGACAUCUGUCGUCGAGCCUGAAGUUACGCCUGUAGCUGCCAAGGACAAGACAGCCGCUUCUGAGCCAGAGACCACCGAUAAAGUGGCCGCUGCCGAGAAGCCAGCUGAAGAGACGGCCACAGCCGUUGAGGAAGUGACUGCUCCUGUCGAGGAGAAGCCUGAGGACCCUGUCACCGAGGCCAUUGCCGAACCUGCCAAGGAAGUCGAGGCGCUAGUUAAGGAGGUCAAGGCUGAAGAGCCAGUUGCUGUCGAAUCUGCCCCCGAAGCUACCAAAGAGACUGCACCCGAAGUGACCGAGACUGCUGCCGAAACUGCUGUCUCGGAACCUGUCGCUGAACAGGCCGCUGAGCCCGUGAAGGAGGCAGAUGUUGCUCCCGAACCUGCCAAGGAGGAGGCUCCUAUCGCAAAAGCGGAGAAUGCCUCUGAGGCUGCUCUUGAGCCACCUGUCGAAGCUCCUAAAGAAGACGCUCCUGCUCCUGUCGAGUCUGCUAAGGUAGAAGCCCCUACUACUGAAGCUGAGCCGAAGGAGGAAGAGCCUGCUCCUGCUGUCGCAACCGAGCCAGCACCCCAGGCUGAAGUCGCCAAGGAGGAAACCACUGCUGUUGAGACGGAGGCAGCGCCAGGGGAGACAAAGGCUGACGAAGCUGUCGCUGAAGGGGAACCCAAGGUAGAGGCUGCUUCCGAGCCCGUUGCCGGGGAGGCUGGACAUGAGCCUUUUGCUAAGCCUGAAGCUGCUGCUGAAGAGACAAAUGUUGAGGAGCCGGCUACUACUGAAGAGCCAGCGCCUGGCGCUGAAGUUGCCAAGGAAUCCGAAUCGCAGGUCGAGAAAGACAUGGCCGCAGAGACUGAGGCUCCUGCGGUAACCACCGAGGACAAGCCGGCAGCCGCUGCCGAGGAACCGACUAUCAUUACUCAGGAGGAUCCCACGGCCGCCGAUUCUACGCAUAUUGAAGAAGCUGGCAAGGUGGAAGAGAUCUCUGCCGAACCUCCUAAGGCUGAUACUAUCCCGGUAAAUGAAGAGGCAGCUAUUCCCAUCGAGACUCCUGAGGACGAUGCCACUGAAGCCAUCGCUGAGCCUGCUGAAGCUGCUGAGGUCGCACCUGUUUCUACGGCUACCGAAGAGAAGGCCAUUGAAUCUGCCACUGCCGAGCCCUCCGCUGCUGAAGAGGCCUCCGCUGCUGGGUCCAAGGAGGCUAUUUCUGCUGAGCCUGAAGCUCCUACACAGGAGCCUGCUGAGGCGAAAGACGAAGUUGCUGCUCCUGAAGUGAAGGAGUCUGCUGUCGAGGAUGCUCCAGUCAUCGUCUGUAAAGAGGCUGAGACUAUAGCUCCCGAACCUGAAGCUACUGAAUGCAAGCCGGGAGCUGUUGCCGAAGAGGUUGCUGAGCCUGUCAAAGAGACCGAAGCUGCCCCCGAGCCCGUCAAGGAGGAAGCCGCUGCUUCUGAAGUUGAAGAGGCCGUUGAAGAAGCACCAAUCGCCGAGGUCAAGGAGACUGAGGACACUCAGGAGCCCACCGCUGCGGAAGAAGCCGUCGAAAAGGACAAUGGUGCGGAGCGAGAGCCUGCUGGUGAAACUACCAGCGAGGAAGCUGUGCCCACUGUCCCGGCCGAAACUACUACCGCCGCUGAGGACCACGCCGAACACACUAGCGAAGCAGAGCGAGAACCUGCUGGUGAAGAACCCACCAGCGAGGAAGCUGUGCUCGCUAAGCCCACCGAAGCUGCAGAGGAGGCCGCCGAACCCGAGACUCAUACCGAGUUAAAGGAAGAAAACGCCCCCGCUGCUGCUGAGCCUGAGCAAGUGAAGACGGAGGAGACUGACGCUGCUCCUGAGACCGAAGCUCCUGUCGCCGAGGAGAAGGCUGCUACGGAACCCGAAGCUGUCACUGAGGAAAUGCCCGCUGCCGAGCCCAAGGAAGAAGCUGCUGCCGACAAGACCGUGGAAGAGCCCGAGGAGAAGACUGAGCGUGCUGUUGAGGACGAAGCCGGGCCUGUAUCUGAAGCCACCGCCACAGACGCUGCCGCGGAGGAACCUGCUGCUGACGAGGAGCCUGCUGAGGCCACUGAGGAGCAAAAUUCUCGCGAGAAAGAGAUUGCUGCUGGUGGUCUUGCUGCUCUGAGUGCUGUUGCUGCGGGUGCGACCACGGCUGCUGUUGCUAAAUCUUCUGACGACAAGGACGAGGCUGUUCUUCCAACCGCAUCUGAAGAGCUUGCUACUAAGGACACUGAGACUGCCCCUGGAGCUGAGGCUGAAGCACCCAAGGAAGUCACCGCCACCGUGGAGUCUGCCCCCGUUGACGCUGCUCCUCAGCAGCCUAAGCAGCCUGUCGUGGAGGAGGAGCACCCUGCCGAUGAGGCCGAAGCCGCUCCCGUACCCGAGGCUGAAACUCCAAAGGAGGCCUCUGUCACCGAGGAGCCUGUCGUCGAGGAGGACUCUGCUGCCAAGAAGACCGAGACUGAUGUCGAAGCACCGGUCGCAGAAUCUAUCCCUGCUGCUGAACCCGCUGCGGCAGAGGAGUCUGUUGCUAAGGGAAUCGAGGCUGCUCCCGAAGCCGAAAGUGAAGGGCCCAAGGAGGUUUCCGUUGAGGAAAAAUCCGAGACACCUGCAGAAGUCACUGCUCCCGAGGAGAAGACAGAGAAGCCAGAAGUAACCGAGGAGGCAGAGCCCACACAAGAGGUUUCUGCUCCCGAGGAAUCGAAGGCCACUGACGAAUCCGAGGAAGCAGAGGAUGCCCCCGCUGAGCCCGCUGCUGCUAAGCCAGUUCUAGAAGAGGAGCCUGCUGCCAAGCAGGCUCCUAUUGAGUCCGUGGUAGAAAUCGCGGCCGAAGAUCCUGCUGCUGAGCCUACCGCUGCUGAGGCUGAGGUCCCUGUCGAGCCUGCUACCGAGGCUGAGGCUUCUUCUGAGCCUGUUGCUGUCGAAGAUGAGGCACCUCCUGAGCCUGCUGCUGCCGAAGUUGAGGCACCUACCGAGCAGUCGAAGGAGGCUGAAGAUGAUAAGCCCGACUCCAGCGAAGAUGCCGCCGCGGCUGCCGCUAUUGCUGCCAUUGCCGCAACGGCCGGUGGUGCUGCCACUGUGGCUGCUGUCAAGCAUGCACAUGGGAAGGAUGAUGAAAAGGAGGAGCCGGCUACUGAAAAGACUGCCGAGAAGGCUGUUGAGGAGCCUGUCGUGGAGAAGAAGGGAGAGGAAGUGGAAGCUGAGAAGACCAAAGGUGAGAACCAGUUAGCUGAUACCCAACUUGAAGUUUCGCGCGUGGAAGAUACCCCUUGCAAUUUGGAAGCUGCCGCGGAGGAUAAUGAUGUUUCGGAAUCUGCAAAGAAUGAUCAACCCAAGAUUGAAGAGUCAAAGGAGUCAGAGGCGUCGGAGACUAGCACCGUGGUCGCCGACGAGCCCAAGGGUGAGAAGUCGACCGAGAAGGAUCACAAUGACGGCGAUAUCGCUGCCAUCGCCGCUGGGAGUGCCGGCGCUGCGCUUGUGGUCGGCGCCGCUACUGUGGGUGCUGUCUCUCUUAGCAAAGAGAUCGAGAACGGCCACACGGUGAAGCCCGAGGUCGAGGCUGAGUCUGCCAAGGCAGCUGAGAAACCCAUUGCAAAGGAUAUCCCUAUUGCUGAGGUGACAUCUCCUGCUCAACAAGAGACAGCUGAAGCCCUUGCCGAACCCGCCACCGAGCCUGUGCCCGAAGCCACCGAGACAACCGCCGAGGCUGCCACCCCAGCCCAGCCAGAGGAGAACACAGCUGCAGCAAAAUCCACUGCUGUUACUAGCUCAAAGCCAAGCCUCUUUGUUUCUCUGGCCAGGUUGAUUCUCUCGCCUUUCUCGUGGCUGCGCUCGAAGCUCUUCAAGACCAAGGCCACGAAAAAGUCAACACCCCCUACCGAGGGCAGCUCAUAA